AUGGCUGGCCCAUACCAGCUGACUCAGACUCACAGGAUUACAGGGCUUAUUAAAAACUAUCCUCUGUACAUCCGAAGCAUCCCAACAGAAAAUGAACUGAAGUUCCAUUACACAGUGCACACAUCACUUGAUGUUGUGGAUGAAAAGAUCUCUGCCAUGGGGAAGGCUCUUGUGGAUCAGAGAGAGCUCUACCUCGGUCUUCUGUACCCAACUGAAGACUACAAAGUAUAUGGCUAUGUGACAAACUCCAAGGUGAAGUUUGUUAUGGUGGUAGAUUCUUCAAACACAGCACUACGAGACAAUGAGAUCCGCAGCAUGUUCCGCAAGCUGCAUAAUUCAUACACAGAUGUAAUGUGCAACCCCUUUUAUAACCCUGGGGACUGCAUUAAUUCCAGGGCCUUCGACAGUAUGGUGACUUCCAUGAUGAUGCAGGUGUGCUGAAGCUCCAGUCAUUUGCGUAUUCUCUAGUGUACAGAAGUGUGUAUAUGAAGCUGUGUGUAUAUACUGUCUUGGAACUUGGUCGGUGUAAAAUAAACCUAUUGCUGUGGGA